CGGCCAGAGAGUCAACCUGUGAGUGGCUCGCGUCUGUAGUCCAUCAACCGUUAGCUGCGGGAAUGCGGCUUUGGCCGGUGCGCGCGGCCAGACAGAGGAGCGAGCGCCGAGGGCUCGCGCGACUCCAAGUGGGUGCGCGAGCCUGAUUCGUUGGCUUUAAAGUGCCCCGAGGCGCACAUGGUACUUCCUGUUGGGAAGAAUGGAAAGCUUCCAGCUCGAGCCGGAGACUCUGCGAUUCCCUGUGCACCGCCUCUUACUCGCUGCUCCGCUAAUGAUGGACUGAUCGCGCUCUCGCCAGGCAGACGCUGCCAAUAUGCUUCGGGAUUAAAUGGUUCCUUCACGUCGUCAGCGCUGCUCGGCUUGUACCGCAGUUUCACUUUUCGGAGAACAAUCUCUUCGCAAGCCAACCGCAGCCCCCUUCUUGUUUGGGCCCUCUGAGUGAAACGGUGGACUUCCUCCCCCUCCCCCCUCAAUUUUUUCCCCUCCCUUGUCCCCCGCCCUCUGACUGUAAAACUAUUCAACAAGUUGUGUUUGGAUGUGCAUUUUGUCAUGCAGAGGCUACUGGAACAGGGUUUUGUGCUUUUCUUCUGCUACACAGUCUUCAGGGUAUUUUUCGCCGCUUCUCUGCCCACUUUGACAGAAGAUCAUGUUGGAUCACUGCAGGAGAAUGAGUUUGAAAAUGUCAUUCAUAUACGAAGACGAAGAGAAUCUGGGGAUCCAUACUGGGCUUAUUCAGGAACCUAUGGACCAGAAAAUUGGGCCACAUCUUACAUGAAUUGCUCUGGUAUCAAACAGUCCCCAAUUGAUAUUGUAGAUCAGAAGACUCAUGAGAAGGAUGUCUUGCAGCAAAUACAUCUUGAGGGAUUUGAGAUUGAGUCUUCUAAUAGAACCCGUAUGAAAAACACUGGAAAGACAAUUGCUGUUCUACUGAAGGAUGAUUAUUUUGUCAGUGGAGCUGAUCUUCCAGGCAGGCUUAAAGCAGAGAAACUAGAAUUUCACUGGGGUCAGAAUGGAGGUUUUCCAGGUUCUGAGCACAGUCUUGAUGGAAAAAGAUAUCCAGUUGAGAUGCAAAUUUAUCUUUCAAGCCCUGGCACUGACUUGGCAUCAAGAAGAAAUGGAAUUAGAGGAGCAAUGGCGAUAUUCCUCCAGGCUACCAUCCAGGACAACCUUGCACUGGUUCCUAUUAUCAGUGGGCUGAAGAGAGUCGUGCAUCAUGAGAAAGAAACAUUUCUGGAUCCAUUUGUAUUGGGGAAUUUACUUCCUGCCUCACUUGGAAGCUAUUACAAAUACUCUGGCUCCCUAACAACACCACCAUGCAGUGAAACUCUAGAAUGGAUAGUCUUCAGCAGGCCUAUCUCCAUCUCCCUUGGGCAGCUGGAAGCCUUUUACUCCAUAUUUACUACUGAACAGCAAGACCAUGUCAAAUCAGUGGAGUACUUGAGGAACAACUUCCGACCACAACAGAAACUGAAUGACAGAGUGGUUUAUAAGUCUGCAGUCAAAGACUCAUGGAGCCAGGCAACUGAGAACCCUGGGGUCCUGCAUAAUACAGAAGUAUGCAGCAGCCCUCCAGUGAAUAUGACCGUGCAGCCAGUGAAUAGGACUUCUUUACUUGUCACAUGGAACAGGCCAGAAACCAUCUACCACCCUCCCAUUAUGAACUAUUUGAUCUCCUAUAGUUGGACAAAAGAUGAGGGGGAGAAAGAGCAAGCUUUCACCAAAAAGAAUGAUCAUAACUUGGAAGCAGUUAUCAAUCAUGUCUCCCUCGAUAAACUCUACCUGUUUCGUGUUCAAGCUGUGUGUCAGAAUGACCUGCGAAGCGAUUUUAGCCAGACAAUGCUGUUUCAAGGCAAACCAGUGAAAUUGUUAGGCUAUGAAGAAGCAUUGGAAACUCUCGUUACCUUUGCUAACACAACUAGAAUAUUUGAAGGAACCAGGAUUAUAAAAACAAGAAUGCCAACAGCCUCACCUGCUUCUUCAGCUGAUAUGGCACCAAUCAGUUCUGGGUCAUCUACUUGGACUUCUUCAGGUCUUAGUUUGCCCUUUGUUUCCAUUGCAACUGGCAUUGGUCCUUCAUCCAGUGGAAGCCAGACUACUGUGGCAUCUGUAGUAACAAGCACUUUGCUUGCAAGCCUUGGGUUUGGUGGUGGUGGAGUUCCUUCCUUUCCAAGUACUGUGUGGCCUACACGCCUUCCCUCUUUGGUUUCAACCACUAAACAUCGAGUCAAGCCUGUUAUUUCAACAACUGAAGCAUUGUCAUCCCCAGGCUCAGAUGGUGGGUCUGCUGUUAAUAAAACUGGCGAGGCAGAAGGUGAAGAUGAAAAGAAAGAAAAUGAAGAUGAAAAAGGAGAGGGAGAAGAAGGAGAUGAAGAGGAAAAUGAAGAAGGAAGCAGUUUAAGGAAAGAUGUAGUGGAGAAACAGGAGAAUGUUGUGACCACAACAACUAAUGAGACACAAAAUAAGACUGAAUCAGAGAUAUCACCUAGAGAUCCAAGUAGUCCAAGUGAAGAAGGUACGAACUCAACCAGUGGGCAAGACCAUCCAAACACAACUAUCAGUCAAACAAAUGUGGCUGUCCAACAGACGACAGUUGAAUUAUCACAAACAUCAUCCGACAUUUCAACCACAGAGAACUUUCAACUUUCAACAACACUUCCUCCAAAGAGAUGGAAUGAUGAUGCAGACAGGUCUGCUGAGAACACAUUUGUUAUGGUAGAUCCAGAAGACAGGUCAUCGUCAAGUAUGGCCACACAACCAUACUCACCCUCCAGCAAGAUGGAAUGGAUUAUUCCAUUGGUGGUUGUCUCAGCUUUGACUUUUGUCUGUUUGAUUCUUCUCAUAGGCGUGCUUGUUUACUGGAGAAAAUGUUUUCAGACAGCACACUUCUAUGUGGAGGACAGCAGUUCACCACGAGUGGUUCCUAAUGAAAGCAUUCCCAUUAUCCCAAUUCCAGAUGAUAUGGAGGCCAUUCCAGUCAAGCAGUUUGUAAAGCACAUAAAUGAACUGUAUACCAAUAACCAACAUGGAUUCUCUGAGGAAUUUGAGGAAGUGCAGCGCUGUACAGCUGAUAUGAACAUCACAUCAGAACACUCCAACCAUCCAGAUAACAAGCACAAAAACCGAUACAUCAACAUUGUAGCAUAUGAUCACAGCAGAGUUAAACUAAGACCAAUACCAGGAAAAGAUUCAAAGCAUAGUGACUACAUCAAUGCCAAUUAUGUUGAUGGUUAUAACAAGUCAAAAGCCUAUAUAGCUACACAGGGACCUCUUAAGCCUACAUUUGAAGAUUUUUGGCGAAUGAUCUGGGAACAGAACACAGGAAUCAUUGUUAUGAUUACAAAUUUAGUGGAAAAAGGACGACGAAAAUGUGAUCAAUACUGGCCAAGUGAGAACAAUGAAGAGUAUGGCAACAUAAUUGUCACCUUGAAGAGCACAAAAGUACGGGCAUGGUGCACUGUACGCCACUUCACCAUUAGGAACACGAAAGUUAAAAAGGGACAAAAAGGAAACCCCAAGGGACGUCAAAACGAGCGAAUGGUUAUACAAUAUCACUAUACACAGUGGCCUGACAUGGGGGUACCAGAAUAUGCUCUUCCUGUACUCACCUUCGUGAGAAAGUCAUCUGCAGCUCAGAUACCAGACAUGGGACCAGUAGUGGUACAUUGCAGUGCUGGUGUUGGCAGAACUGGAACAUACAUUGUGCUUGAUAGCAUGUUGAAACAAAUAAAAGAUAAGAACACAGUUAAUGUCCUUGGCUUUCUCAAACACAUCAGGACUCAGAGGAACUACCUUGUCCAGACAGAGGAACAGUAUAUUUUCAUCCAUGAAGCCUUACGGGAAGCAAUACACGGGAAGGAGACAGAAGUACCUGCCACUCAGCUACAUAGUUACGUCAACAACAUUUUAAUUCCAGGAAUAUCUGGGAAGAUGAGGCUAGAGAAACAGUUUAAGUUGGUAACUCAGUGUAAUGCAAAAUUUAUAGAGUGCUUCAGUGCCCAGAAAGAAUGUAACAAAGAGAAGAACAGAAACUCCUCAGUUGUGCCAUCUGAACGAGCUCGAGUAGGUCUUGCACCAUUACCUGGAACAAAAGGAACUGACUACAUUAAUGCCUCCUACAUAAUGGGCUAUUACAGAAGUAAUGAAUUUAUUAUUACCCAGCACCCCUUGCCUCACACCACAAAGGACUUUUGGCGAAUGAUUUGGGACCAUAAUGCACAGAUUAUUGUCAUGUUACCAGAUAACCACGGACUAGCAGAGGAUGAAUCUGUGUAUUGGCCAAGCCGUGAAGAAUCCAUGAAUUGUGAAGCAUUUACUGUAACUCUUAUUAGCAAAGACAUACUGUGCCUCUCUAAUGAAGAGCAAGUUAUCAUCCAUGAUUUCAUCCUGGAGGCAACCCAGGAUGAUUAUGUGCUGGAGGUACGUCACUUUCAAUGUCCAAAAUGGCCAAAUCCAGAUGCUCCUCUCAGCAGCACCUUUGAACUUAUAAAUGUACUAAAAGAAGAAGCCUCAACCAGAGAUGGACCAACCAUAGUUCAUGAUGAGUUUGGAGGGGUCUCUGCUGGGCUAUUCUGUGGCCUUACUACUCUGUCACAGCAAUUGGAGUGUGAAUCUGCUGUGGAUGUCUAUCAGGUUGCAAAGAUGAUAAACUUGAUGCGGCCAGGCGUUUUCACCGAUGUGGAGCAGUAUCAGUUUCUAUAUAAAGCAAUGCUCAGCUUAAUCAGCACAAAAGAGAAUGGAAAUGGACCCUCGUCAUUUGAUAAAAAUGGUACCAUUAUUAUCACCGAAGAAUCAGAUCCAGCAGAAAGCAUGGAAUCUCUUGUGUAAUCUGAAGAUUUUCAGAAAUGGAACUUCAUUUGAGAAAAAAAAAACUUCUGAGGACUGAAUGAAUUUCUGAGGCCUUUAUUUUGUCAGGUUCCAACUUUAAUGAUGACCUGGCUAUACAUUUUACAGUGAUGAGAGUUUUUGAUGUUAAUUUUAACCAUUCUGAGUCCAUUAUUAUCCUGCUGAGCAUUUGAAUCUCUUAUUUUCACAAGAUGAAAACACAAUUUGUUCUAGUUUGCACUACCUAAUCAGUGUUACUGCCUAUUAAAAACUUAAUACAAAAUUUGUAAUUUCCCAGAAAUUCAUGAAAAACUUUUGUCUGUAAUCCUCGAUAACUUGAGCUUCAUAGGAAGGCAGAAUCUGUGUCCGGAGACAGCUUUAAGGUAAUUGUGCAAACAAAAACAUUCUACAUGUUAGUAGUUCAUCAGCUCAGAUUGUUUUUGUACAGAUUGCAAUGUAUUAUUGAACUCACUUUUAAGUAAAUAUAAUUUGAACCUGGCAAGUCCUGUAAAAUUUCAGAGAUGUAACCUCCUACAUUCCAUUGAUCAGACUACAGUCAAAAACAUUCUUACCACAAAAUACUUUAGUGCAGGUCAGGUGUAUGGGUACAGCUAAUAAUUUAUCAUUUUCUUGACACUUUAUAUAUUUGUGCUGCUUCAGGCUGUAACUGAAAUGUGUGGGGAAAAUGUUCAUUUUUCAUGUGGUAGAAAAUAUAUAAAUAUCUCAGUAAGGGCAACAGUCAUCGUGCUUGCAAGAAUGUGGAAUGUGAUUAAGUGUUUUUGCAGGACUAAAAUGAACACACAGCAGACACAGGUCCUAUUAGUGGAAAGGGAAGUGUGCACCAGUGUUGCUUGCACAUAGGCAGCCAAUGGUCGCAGAAUUUAAUGUUCAUUAUAAAGAACAGGCAACAGCCAUUUGGGGUGCAAGCAAUUGGAGUGACCUAACCCACUGUCAGGCGAUGGAAAUGCAGCUCUGCCUGGCUGUAAAAGGGACUCUGCAGGCAGAGCUUGCAGUUCAGCAGGGGAAAAAAAAUUACAAAUUUGGAAGGACACUGUCUGAAGCCAAGCUCUUCAUUCCAUUUUGCUUCUAUCUUCUAUCCCCAUCUUAUAUCCCAGUCAUUUACACACUCAUUAUUCUAUACCAUUUUCCAGAAGCUCCCAUCACUGCCACCCACAUCACUUGUUAUCCAUCUCCCCAACUUUUCUAUUGCUGUUUCUGGCACUUCAGGAAUGAGAGCAUAAACCUGUCCCCCUUAAAACAAUUUCCUUACUGUUUACAAACAACUGUUCAUCUGUGAUCUGAAUGUACAACCUCAUCUGAUGCACACCAACUUUAACCAGUGCAGAUGGCACAAGUUUCCAUUCACCCCUGACUAAAUCUUGGAGAUCUGACUUAAUUUGGGCACGUCUUAAUUUAAUGGCAUGCAAAUAUAAGUAAAAGGUACCUGCCACUAGACACCAUGAGUUCCUACCUGCCACUGAAACACUGCCAACUUAAUCUCUUAACCCAUCAUUCGAAAUACAAGAUUUUGACUCCUGCCUGCUUAAGCCAUCCCUCCUGCCAUGAUUUCCAAUCCUGGUGGCUCCAUUAUGUCCAGUCCUCGGAUUCAAUUUUAUUUUUUGCAGGAGGUAUAAAGAAAAGCAGAAUGAUGCACAUUUUUGCACAGAGUGUUGUGUAAGUGUAAAAUGAUGAUGCAUUUGAUGGCAAUGUUAGACUAUUGAAAGAUAUUGCGUGAGCUACACAAAUAAUGUUGCAUUUUUGCCAUGUUAAUAAUCAGUCUUUUGGAAAGAUUCCAUGAUUUGAAACAUUUUUUAAAUAACCGUGGAGAAGAAUUUAUUAACUUACCAAAGAUAUAAAGUAGUUCUCAGCAGAAGGUAGGAGUGUUUCUUUUCAAACAAAAAGGUUUUAAUUCUCUUAUUAUUUCUAAACUGCCUCUUUAGUCCAGGGUCAAACUUUUAAUUUAGAAAUUUAACAAGUGACUCAAUAUGAUGAAUGUUAAUGUUAUCAAGGUGCCAGUUCAUAUUUAUGAAAAGAUGAUUCUACAUAUUGAAUAAACCAUUCAUAUAGACAUUCGUACCUUAAUUACAAUUUAAAAUUGUAUGUUUUAUCUUCUUAAAAGGUUGGCCAUAUUUGUACACACAAGUCAUGUGUGAUAUUCAGUUAAUUGUCUGAGGAUGAGGCUAUGUUCUCAGUGGGAAGAGCAUAGCAGUGCUGGACUGAAAGUGCUGUCAGGCUUCUCUCUGCUGUGACAUCGUUAAAAAAAAAUACUGCUACCUGGAAGUGAAAACAAAAGUUUCAAAAUUUUUGUUAAAAAAAGAGAUAUUUUCACAAAGUGGGAGACAUUUUCUAUACUAGGUAAACAUUUGAUGAGGCAAACAUGAAUCAGACUUUUAGGAAACUAAAAAGCUUGAGCUGUUUUCAGGAAAAAAAGUUUAAAAAAGAAAAAAAACAUUUUCUCAACAAAGGGGAGAUUUUUGAAUUUUUUAAAAAACCUCAUGUUUCUCCAACAUUUGGGGUAGUCGUGUUCAAAAAAAUUUUGUUUCAACAUUUUAGAGAAAAAUAAAAAUAGUUCAAGUAUCACGUCUUGAAAACCAUAACCUUUAUUCAUUCUUUAGGGUAGCAGAUACAAACAAACUGUAAAUAUUUUGUUGCUUAAACAGGCAUUCUAUGGGGACUUUGUAUCUACAGUAUAUAAUCACAGAAUUUUAUAUUUUCAUAAAAAGCUAAUUUUUUUCUAGUCUCAACUCCUUCAUAGUUUUGUGGUGGCUAAGUGGAAAACUGUAUUUGCAUUGAGGUAGUACCAUGAAUACUGUGUCAUCACAUUUCAAAGGCAUUGAACCUAUAUUACUACUUGGGGGCAGUGGUUGUCGAAGUUGCAGGUAUUUUCAACAAUAUUGUCGGUGUGUGCAAUAGGAAUAGAUCUAGGCAGUUGCUGAAUAAAUUCGUCUCAUGAUCCAUUUGAAAAUGUGGUGUUCUGUAACUUGAAAAAAAUCUGCUUUGUUCUGUUGGAAACUAUAUUAAAUUGUUCUAUUAUAGUGUUAUUUAAUAUGUAAAUUGUAUUGCUACACAUGAAAUAAAGUAUGGGUUUUGAUGGA